CUGCUUGUCCCACUCUCCCCUUUUAUUCUCCUUUUAUUGCCACUCUCUUCCAUUCUUCGCUUCGCCCUGCUCGCUUCGCUCUAAGAAUCUACUUCCCCUUAGGACGAAGGUACCCCAAAGAAUAAAUCCCCGAAUAACUUAUCUGUCUCAUCCUUCGACCUUCGAGGUCUCCGGCCGCCAUGGAAGAGGCCGCCGACCUCCAAGACUGGGAAUUGCUGAGUCCCCACUCCGCCGACGAUCCCAAGGUCUUCGAGGGCCUCGAUGGCGAGGGCGACUCCUAUGGAGGCGCCAUCAAGUCGGAUUACUUUGCCCUUGACUCCGAGAAGCGCCGUACUGAGAGGGCGUCCUCGGAGGAAGAGAGCGAAGGGGGCGGCGUCGAUUCCGAUAACCCUAGUUGGGUCGAUCCCGAUUCGGAUCCCAGGGACUUGGAGCGGUCAAGGGGGAGGGUGGAAUUUAGAGGAAGUGGGUUUCCGGUGAGGAAUUCCGGCGGUUUUUGGUCUGAUAGGUCGUCGGAUUGCCGGAGUUCGCCGGCUGAUAGCGAAAGGGAGGAGCUUGGUAACAGAGGGGAUUCGGUUAUGGAAUUCGGUGUUGAAGGAAUCAAGACCGGGUAUCAGGACUCUAGUGAUUAUGACAGUGAAAAAAGUUCGGAUUUUGGAAGAAGUAGGGAGAGUGAGGAAAAUCAGACGGGGCUGGAGGAGCAUGGGGCGGAAGAAUCUGGGGAAUUGGUGAAGAUGGGAGAUGGCUCUGGUUCGUUGGAGAGUGUAUCUAAUAGUGAAAGAAAGAAGAGGGGAGUGGUUUGGUGGAAGAUGACGCUGGAGUUCAUUAAAUUUUACGUUUUAAAGAUGAGGCCGGUUUGGUCAAUCUCCAUAGCUGCUGCAAUAUUGGGGCUUGUUAUGCUUGGGAGGAAAUUGUACAAGAUGAAGCACAAGAGCCAAAGAAUUCAGCUUAAGAUCGCUUUUGAUGACAAGGAGGGAGGAACCGCCGUUCAGCUACCUUUGAGAUUCUUGGCAAAGACUUUGACAUCACUAACAGAGAUUCAUCAAAGAGUGAACUUGAUUUAAGACCAUGCAUGAAGGAAAGGGCAAAGGAUGGUGCAGCCAAGCGGGGGCAAUACAAUACAUUAUGUGAUAUUUUCCUUCAAGCAUGUAUAGCUUGCUACUCCAGUCUUCAUUUUGACCAGCAAAAGGAGAAAAUUAUGCACAAAUCACUACACAGAGUGUUGGUGGCGGUUGGUUGUAUUAUUCGAGGGAUCGUUACUUUUGUCGAAACAGCAGGGCCCAGCGCUCAGAUGGGAGGGGAGGGCCAAACCAUGGCAAUUGGCGAACAAGAUAAGUAGUUUGCGAUGCUUUGCCGCAUGUCAUGCGUGCAGAUAGUGCUAGGGAGUGAGGCUAAUGCUGAUGAUAGUUCAUUGAAUUGUGUGGUUCUAAUCAUGAAGUCGAGCACCCUGAUGGGUAGUUUGAAGCUUUUCUUAUUCUUAGGUCCAACAAGAAACAGUUAAACACGUGAGCUAUUAAAGAUUGAAAUGAUAGAAAUGAAUCAGGAGAAAUUAGGUGCUGUCACUUCAGAUCAACAUCAAAUUGGAUCAUUCCGUUUAAUAUAAAUUGGGGAUUGAGAUGUGAACUGUUAAAAACAUCUUAUAUGUCAGCUGUGUUAUCUUGUUGCAUCUUCUUGUUGUGAUGUGCAAAAUUACUUGGCGAGUAGAAGAAAAUUUCAUGAGUUUGGAUGGAC